AUGUCUAUCGAGAGGGAUCAAAAUGCUGUAGAAAGGGAGAAGGUGGACGAGAGUCGUUGUCAGAACGAAAACCCUCCUGGUGUUGGAGCAGGGAAUCCGGCGACAAAGUCACAAAAAAAGAAACGUCGAGAGAAUUUGUUGGAUCUGUUUAGCGAGCACACUGACAUUGGAAACUGGGCUGAUGCUGCGUCUGAAAGUUUUCCUCUGGUGCAGAAAACUGAUUCUAUUAAUGCAAAGCCGAAUGCUGAACAGAUAACUGAGAGGCCAACUGCAGAUCUCCAUGCAUUACAUGGAGACGCUGCCUUUCAUGGCGGAGCUGCUUCCCAUUCUCAUGCGAAUGAGGAACAGUCUUUGCAGCUGUAUGUGAGCAAUAUCCCAUUUGCUGCCCGUGAAGAGGAUUUAUUUUACCUUUUUGGAGGAGAGGAAGCGAUUUCACAGAUACAACUGGAUCAAGGAGCAAAACCGGAGUGGAACGGUGGCACGGCUGUCAUUACGUUUCAAACUUUAGAGGCCUAUUCUCGCGCCCGCGAACUAGAUAACAAGCUUUUUUCUGGUCGUACACUGAAAGUUAGACAGCAUCCGCGACAACUGCUUCCUUACCGUGAAAAUCGCGUUUACAAUGACCGUCAAUACAAUAGUGCUGACAGUUAUAAUUAUCGUCCUAAUAUGGGGUCCGGAAAUCACCACUAUUAUGAUGAGGGCACAUAUCCGCGAGUCCCACGAAAAAAUGCCAGUUAUGCUGGUGUUUCAUCUAGCUUUGUUCAGAAUGAUAGUCAUGCAGAUUUCCGGAGGAUGCAGCAUAAUACGGCUUCGUUCAGGCAUGGUCAUCCGAUACAAGGUACUCGCCCGAAUUAUAGAGGCCGUAAUAGUUACGGUGGUGGUCCCUUAAUAAAAUCUCCCUCAGAAGAUGGUGGCAUGCGAGGAUAUGAUUCUGGUUUUAGAAAUACUCGUAAAAAUAGUUACGCUAAUGAUGGACAGAGGCCAACAUUAUCUGCACAGCAGCUUCCACCCGAACCACCUCAUCGUCGUAAACUAGAGUUGGCUCCAAGGACUAUUCCUUUGGGAGAGUCGAAAAUUGAACCUCCAAGGUCAUCUAGCAUUUUUGGAGAAGCGAAGCCGGUUGACACUUCGCAGAAAGAGCGUGAGGUUGAGGAACGUCUGGAUCGUGAGGAUCGAGUGACUCGAACAUCUCGCUCUCGCAAGACUAGUAGCGAAAUUGGUGCUAGUCAUUCAACAACUCCUACAUUACCGCCUACUGCGCCUUCAAUUUCUAAGUCAGUGAACUUAAUCGAAGGUCAAAUUGUCGAUUCAAACAUUCCUCCCGUUGAGGAAGAGAAGACUGUUCCGGAAGUAGCAGCGAAAGCACCUUCGCUACCUGUGGAAGUACCGGUUAAGGAAGAGCAGUCUUUGCCUGUUGAGCUUUCACAUAGCAGGAAAGUUCUUCCAGGAGCACCAUUACUCACUCAUUCCCAAUCUUUGCCCCCCUUACCGAAACCACCCUUCAAAGAAAAUACGUAUGAAACGCAUGGGCCUGUUACUUCGUCUAAGCCACCUGUGAGAAUGGUCUUCACCAAUUCAUCACUUAAGUCAAAGGCAUAUGGUGGCCGAAGAUCUGAUAAAGGUAGAGAACGUUCCCAUUAUGGGUCAGGUUACCAUCACGACGGUGUCGUUAAGCAUGCUGCAGAAGCUCCUCAGCAAACUUAUCCAGAAGGUGGCAGUAAUGUGAGAGAGAACAGGCCAGGAAGAAGAGGUAGUGUCAGUUCCAGUGGUAAGGAAAAGCAGUUGUCUUUUGAGAAAGGCAGGAAAAGUACUGUUGUUUCGAAGCUUGUGGGAAAUGUAGUGCAAACUUUAAAAGAGACUGACUCGAAACCGAAGGAUAUCUGUGUUAAAACUGAAGAAAAUGAUGCAAAAAGCGGUACGAAAGUUAAGGACGAAAGUAGUAAGAGCAAAAAGGAGAAAGCGGCUAAUUCCGCCAAAACAAUGCCGAAAUUGAACGCAAAACCACCAGUGGUUUCCAUCACAAAUAAGUUUGCAGCUUUAUUGGAAACAAACGAGAUAGAUUUGAUAGCGGAUUCAUUUUCGUUAGAUGUGUUUUGUUGGUUACGAGUGGACCGAAGGCCUGGAGGUUUUACAUUUAAAACUUCGGCUCUUUUCAAGGCAGAGUGGCUCCAUGUUGCCGUUACAAUGGAUGUGAAAGACAGGUUGAAGUGUCUGGACAAGCUUAGCGGUUUAUUCUUUGCUGUUAAAUCUUAG